GUUAACUGAGGUGCGACCCCCCAGUUCCUCCGUCAUAUACUGACAACAUGAAGUUCCUCGCCUCAACCGCGGUAGCUCUGGCCUGCAUGGUCGGGUCUGCCUUCGCGCAGUUCCGCUACACUGGUGUCAAUAUUGCUGGCUUUGACUUCGGUUGUGGCACGGAUGGUACCUGCGACAUUACCCAGGUCGUGCCUCCCUUGACCCAGUACGGAGGUCCCGACGGACUCGGUCAAAUGCAACACUUCGUCCGGAACGACGGCUACAGCCUGUUCCGACUUCCGGUCGGCUGGCAAUAUCUCACUAAUAACACCUUGGGCGGCACGCUCUACCAACCGAAUUUCGAGAAGUAUAACGCAUUGGUGCAAGCGUGUUUGAGCACCGGUGCGAGCUGCAUUGUCGAUGUCCACAACUACGCUCGCUGGGACGGCGGAAUCAUUGGGCAAGGUGGGCCUACCAAUGAGCAGUUUGCUGCCCUCUGGUACUCGUUGGCCUCGGAGUUCAAGCAGUACAACAACAUCAUCUUCGGAACAAUGAAUGAACCGCAUGACCUCAACGUCACCCUGUGGGCUGAGUCUGUCCAGUACGCCGUGAACGCAAUUCGCGAGGCCGGGGCAACCACCCAGUUGAUUCUUCUUCCUGGUGACCAGUACACAUCCGCUGCCACCAUUUGGUCAGACGGCUCUGGAGCAGCUCUCCUUAACGUGACAAACCCCGACGGUACUAAGACGAACCUCAUUUUCGAUGUUCACAAGUAUCUCGACUACGACAACUCGGGCACGCACGCCAACUGCACCACCAACAACAUUGACACGGCAUGGGAGCCGCUCUCGCAGUGGCUGCGCGAGAACGGAAGGCAGGCUCUGAACACCGAGACGGGGGGCGGUAACACCGCAUCUUGCAUCGAGUACUUGUGUCAGCAAGUUGCUUACCAGAGGACCGUUGCUGACGUUAUCUUGGGCUACUCGGGAUGGGCGGCGGGAAGUUUCGCCACCGAUUACAUUCUCACUGAGACUCCGACCCUCAACGGUACCGUUUGGUAUGACCAGCCGACUGUCUCGUACUGCUUAGCACCCACGGCUGGGCUCUCGUCCGGUUAG